GGAGCCAUAUAAUAGCUCCAUCCUCCCCACCACCGCACUAGAGUACUAGACACCAUCCCAACAUUAAAAGAAGACAAAAAAAAAACACACACACACACGCACAAGUUCCAUCCACCGGUAAGCAUGGCGGCGGCGGCGGCGGCGGCGGCAAAGACGGUCUGCGUGACAGGAGGGUCGGGAUUCAUCGCCUCAUGGCUCAUCAAAGAACUCCUCCGCCGUGGUUACGCGGUUAAUGCCACUGUCCGCUUUCCCAAGGAUCCAAAGAAGAUAGAUCAUUUGGUGUCACUGGAAGGGGCAAAGGAGAGGCUAAAAUUGAUGAAAGCAGAUUUAAUGGAAGAAGGGUCUUUUGAUGCCGCCAUUGCUGGCUGUGAAGGUGUUUUUCAUUGUGCAUCUCCUUUUCUAAAUGAUACUCCUGAUCCUCAGACAGAGUUGAUAGACCCGGCGGUGAAGGGGACGCUGAACGUGCUUGGCUCGGCGGCGAGGACGCCAUCCGUGAAAAGAGUCGUCUUGACGUCCUCCGAAGUGGCCAUCGCUUUCAACCGCACCCCUCGGACGGCCGACACCGUGGUGGACGAGACGUGGUGGUCGGACCCCGAUCACUGCAAAGAGAACAAAAUGUGGUACGUCUUGUCGAAGACUCUUGCAGAGAAGGCCGCGUGGGACUUCCUCAAGGAGAAAAACGGUGCCUACGGCUUCGAUUUGGUGUCCAUUAACCCGCCAUGUGUGAUUGGCCCCAUGCUACAACCAUCUCUCAACCCAAGUUGUGCCAAUGUCUUGAGUUUGAUAGAUGGGGCUGAAACAUACCCAAACGUGGCCUAUGGAUGGGUAUAUGUGAGAGACGUUGUGGAGGCUCACAUAUUAGCAUUUGAGAAACGAGAGGCUAAUGGAAGGUACUAUGUGGCGGAGAGGAGCGCAAAUCCUCUUCAACUUAUAAACACCUUGGCACAACUUUUUCCCAAUCUCAAAUUCCCUACAAGAUGUGCAGACGAGAAGCCUUUGGCACCAGCGUACAAAGUGAACAACGAAAGGGCGAAGGCACUCGGCGUCGCAAUCACUCCUUUGGAACUGGCCCUAAAGGAGACUGUUGAGAGCUUGAAGGAGAAGGGCUUCCUCAAAGCCUAAAUCUCUUAUGAGUUAUCACUUACUUAAACUCUUAAAAGACACUUCUUAAGUUCCUAGAGUUGUAUUGUUGCAAUAAUAACUCCCUAAAUAAAGAUUAUGGUUUGAU